CUACCUUGCAACCCCUGAACUCCCACACACACGCACUCUACUGUCUACACAAAAACCACUCCGGUCACUGCCGUCCGAGCAUAUAGGCUAUGUGAACAAGAUUUCAACUCUUCUUUUUGUGGUGUGCAAUAUUGUUCAGUCGACGUUACCAAACAUGACACGAGGAUAUGUGGAGUAGUUUUGAAAACUUAGUGAUAAUCAAUGUAAUAAUCUGAGUUUAUCGAAUGAUUUUCUUGAUUUUGAAGGAAGAAGAGUGGCCUUUGGGGCUGCAACGUUUGGUGAGAAAUCGUGAUCUCAAUUGCUUGCUCUCCUUCGACUCUUUGUUCACUUCUGCUCCCAACUCUUCCACUGAUUCUUCUUCUGAUAUCGAUAAUGAGUCCACCGGUUCUUUCUUCCACGACAAAGAUAUCACGUUUGGGAGCCUUAUCAGUGUUUCGAGCAAUGUAGAGCACUCGAGAAGAUCGAUGAGGGGAAGAAUAGUAGAACCUACAAGGAACAAGAAGAGUUGCAAAUACAAGAGUUGGUUUUUAUCCCUAUGCUCGAAGUUGAGCAGUGAUUCUGUGUGCAUGAACAAUACCCCGUCUCUAGGUCAAUUUCUUGAAGUCGAAAGGAGAACUACCAGCUUUUACAGGAGAAAUCCGAGCUUGUGAUGGAAGAUUAGAAAGUACUAGACGAUAUUAAAAAAGAAAAAUAAGUUAACUCUUGUUUAUUAUAUCAUUUAGACCAACCAAUAUUCUAUGUUAAACAUGCUAGGGAUGAUUUUUCUCAUGCUUGAGACCCGUAUUCGUUAUUUGUAGUCAUCAAACUAUUUGUGCUCCUUUCUAUUCCAUAUGAUUUCAAUUUCUUACAUAGAUGAA